CUGAAUGGUCUUGCAAGAGACACAAAACAAUUUAUAUUUAAAAGAAGGCCACAUUAAUUAUGAAUCUCCGAUCAUUAUGCUCAGCAGCAUGCUGUUCUGGAGACUUUUUUACAUCCUGUGCAGAUUCCUGCUCCCGAAUAAAAUUCCGGAAUAUUCCGCAAGAAUCUCGUCGGCCGUCCACGGGCUUGUAUCUGCGUUCCUCGGUAUAAAUCAGUGUUUCUUGGUGGACUGGCCCUUCGACCAUCCCGAAUGGAAGACGACUUACAUGCAAUCUUUCAUCUUGGCGUUUAGUUUCGGAUAUUUUGCACACGAUCUGAUUUGGACGUGGCAUAACGAUAGAAGGGACAAGUUAAUGGUAUGCCACCAUGCCUACUGCGUUUACGCGCUGGCGAAAAUCAGCUACAAAGGUUAUUCUGGGGCUCAGGCAUCUUGCGCUCUCGGAAGUAUGGAAAUCACCAAUCCAUUUCAACAAGCGAGGUGGUUCUUGCGUUCCGAAGGGAUGCAAUUUACGCCGAUAUUCGUGUCGACAGAAGUGACCUUUUUUAUCGUGUUUGUCAUUGUUCGUAUCCUAUUGGGGACGUAUUUCUUAAAAGUUAUUCUUACCCAGCCGAAAAACGAUUGGGAUUUUAUUUUCAUGGCCGUAUCGAUUUACGUAAUGUCUUGGAUGUUUGUGGUAACCUUGAUCAAAUACAUAUUAAAGAAAUACGUGAAAAAAGGACCCGGAAGAGAAUUACAAAAAGAUCACGAUUAGAUUGUAUUAAAUAGAAACUAAUUGUUGUAUAGACAUCCAAUAAA